AUGCGCGGCUGGCGGGGCCGCGUCUGGCUGGCGCUCGCCGCGUCCUUGUUCCUGCCAGUGUCCCUGCAAGGCGAGUUCCAGAGGAAGCUGUACAAGGAGCUGGUCAAGAACUACAACCCCUUGGAGAGGCCCGUGGCCAACGACUCGCAGCCGCUCACCGUCUACUUCUCCAUGAGCCUCCUGCAGAUCAUGGAUGUGGAUGAGAAGAACCAAGUUUUAACCACCAACAUCUGGCUGCAAAUGUCUUGGACAGAUCACUAUUUGCAGUGGAAUAUGUCAGAAUAUCCAGGCGUGAAGAACGUGCAUUUCCCUGAUGGCCAGAUUUGGAAACCAGAUAUUCUUCUGUAUAACAGUGCUGAUGAACGGUUUGAUGCCACCUUCCAUACUAACGUCUUGGUGAAUGCUUCCGGGCAUUGUCAGUACCUCCCUCCAGGUAUUUUCAAGAGCUCCUGCUACAUCGACGUCCGCUGGUUUCCCUUUGAUGUACAGCAGUGCAAACUGAAGUUUGGGUCCUGGUCCUAUGGAGGCUGGUCCUUGGACCUGCAGAUGCAGGAGGCAGAUGUCAGCAGCUACAUCCCCAAUGGCGAAUGGGACCUCAUGGGAGUCCCAGGCAAGAGAAGCGAAAAGUUUUACGAAUGCUGUAAAGAACCCUAUCCGGAUGUUACCUACACGGUGACCAUGCGUCGCAGGACCCUCUACUACGGGCUCAACCUGCUCAUUCCCUGUGUGCUCAUCUCCGCCCUGGCCCUGCUGGUCUUCUUACUUCCUGCAGAUUCUGGCGAGAAAAUCUCCCUCGGGAUUACAGUCUUGCUGUCGCUUACUGUCUUCAUGCUGCUGGUGGCCGAGAUCAUGCCUGCAACUUCUGAUUCAGUGCCCUUGAUAGCCCAGUACUUUGCCAGCACCAUGAUCAUCGUAGGCCUGUCGGUCGUGGUGACAGUAAUUGUGCUCCAAUACCACCAUCAUGACCCCGAUGGCGGCAAGAUGCCCAAGUGGACCAGAAUCAUCCUCCUGAACUGGUGCGCGUGGUUCCUGAGAAUGAAGAGGCCAGGGGAGGACAAGGUCCGGCCAGCCUGCCAGCACAAGCCGAGGCGCUGCAGCCUGGCCAGCGUGGAGCUGAGCGCGGGCACGGGGCCCCCGGCCAGCAACGGCAACCUGCUGUACAUCGGCUUCCGAGGCCUGGAGGGCGUGCACUGCGCCCCGACCCCCGACUCCGGGGUGGUGUGCGGUCGCAUCGCCUGCUCCCCUUCGCACGAGGAGCAUCACCUCCUGCACGGUGGGCAGCCCCCCGAGGGCGACGCCGACCUGGCCAAGAUCCUGGAGGAGGUCCGCUACAUCGCCAACCGCUUCCGCUGCCAGGAUGAGAGCGAGGCGGUGUGCAGCGAGUGGAAGUUCGCCGCCUGCGUGGUCGAUCGCCUGUGCCUCAUGGCCUUCUCCGUGUUCACCAUCAUCUGCACCAUUGGCAUCCUCAUGUCCGCCCCCAACUUCGUGGAGGCUGUGUCCAAAGAUUUUGCCUAG